AUGAUGUCCUUGACAUCAACCAGCGGCCGCAGUCUUGGAGAUCAUCAUUGCCGAAGUCAAGCGAUCAGCAGUUUUCUAUGGCACCAACCCUCGGCACCACGAAACUCCGAUGGCGUUACAACUUGCUCUACUCACCGUGGCAUGUCCAUGCCAGGUUGGAUUCAAGGCUGCAGGAACGAUGAUGACUGGUUCAGGCUGCCGGCUGCCGACGAAUGGUCAGCUCAGCUGCAGACUGCAGUCUUGAGCUCCACUCCGCUUCUGCCUCCACCUUGCACUCUUGCCAUGUAUAACUUCGCGCGGGGUAUUCGUGAUUCGCUGCAGCACACAAACACUACACCAAAGUUCAAGCACCGAGGCGUCGAACCAGGAUACUUCGCAAUGGCCACAACGAAGCUUCCGGCUAUUGAAACUGUACCAGAUCUUCCGACCGACGAUAGAGCUGCGAUACUCGACCUAUUGUUUGAGCCCAGCAAACAACUUCACUCUUUAUCGGUGCCACUGCUACACGAAAAGUCCUUUGAGUCGUAUGGGGAUCUCAUUGCAGCAGUGGGCGUGCAGCUGACCGACCUAUCGGAGUCCGCAUCAUCCUCCGACACAGAAUGGCUGGAGAGUAUACUAGGAUCCCAUCCCAGGCUUGGAGCAAAGAAGGUUGAGAGCACACAGUCGCAAGCAGAGCAAUCGCAGUUACAGGGCAAUGCCGAGGAGGCAGAACAGCUUCGAGCUUUGAACGAGGAAUAUGAAAUGAAGUAUCCUGGACUGCGAUAUGUCGUGUUCGUAAACGGCAGAAGCCGACCAGUCAUUAUGGAGGACAUGCGCAAUCGUAUCGCAAAUGGCGAUUUGAAGUCGGAGCGGGCUGCUGCGAUUCGAGCAAUGUGCGAAAUCGCGGCCGAUCGAGCCUCCAAGUUGGCCUGA